GCCUGUGUGGAUGCGAGCAAUGUGCGCAAAGUGCCUUUGCAUUAGCCGGUGAGUGCCGUAGCGCCGGGCGCUCACUCGCAGAGGUGCUGGGACAACCGAGGUGGCCCUGUCCCGUGCCUGGUGGCCCUGCCGGACCAUGGCAUGGGCACAGGGGGACCUGACAUCCUCGCUCUCCAUCAUCAUCGCUUUGGCUGCCUGCCUCUCUGCCACCACCAGCGAAGUGAACUUGCUAGACACGUCAACAAUCCCGGGGGACUGGGGCUGGAUGACUUAUCCCUCGCAUGGGUGGGAUUCGAUCAAUGAAAUGGAUGAGUUUUUUAGCCCCAUCCACACCUACCAGGUCUGUAAUGUCAUGACCCCCAACCAGAACAACUGGCUACGGACCAACUGGGUUCAACGGGACGGCGCUCGGCGAGUCUAUGCAGAGAUUAAAUUCACGCUGCGGGACUGUAACAGCAUGCCGGGCGUGCUGGGCACCUGCAAGGAGACCUUCAACCUCUACUACCUGGAGUCCGACCGGGACCUGGGCACCAGCACCCGCGAGAGCCAGUUUAUGAAGAUCGACACCAUCGCAGCAGAUGAGAGCUUCACCAAUGUGGACCUGGGGGUGAGGCGCCUGAAGCUGAACACGGAGGUGCGGGGCGUGGGACCACUGAGCAAGAGGGGUUUCUACUUGGCCUUCCAGGACAUAGGCGCUUGCAUCGCCAUCGUUUCAGUGCGAGUGUACUACAAGAAGUGUCCAGCAACAGUGAGGAACUUGGCGUCCUUCUCUGAGGCUGUGACUGGGGCAGACUCGUCCUCCUUGGUGGAAGUGCGGGGAGAGUGUGUGGGCCAUUCGGAGGAGAGGGAUACCCCCAAAAUGUACUGCAGCGCCGAGGGAGAAUGGUUGGUGCCCAUCGGGAAGUGUGUUUGCAGUGCUGGCUACGAGGAGCAGCGGGAUUCCUGCAUGGCCUGCCAGCUGGGAUUUUACAAGUCGGCCCCCGGGGACCAGCUCUGUGCCAAGUGCCCCUUGCACAGCCACUCGGAGAGCCGGGCCGCCCGCGUGUGCCGCUGCGACAGCAGCUUCUACCGGGCCCUGCAGGACCCCCCCUCGGCCGCCUGCACACGCCCCCCCUCUGCUCCCGUGAACCUGAUCUCCAGCGUCAAUGGCACCUCGGUGACACUGGAGUGGGGGCCGCCCCUGGACAAGGGGGGCCGCGCUGACAUCGUGUACAACGUGGUCUGCAGGCGCUGUGCAGGCGACGGGGGGCAGUGCGAGGCGUGCGGCAGCGGGAUCCGCUUCGUGCCCCAGCAGAUGAGCCUGGUGCAGGGUGCGCUGACCGUGACCAACCUGCUGGCCCACACCAACUACUCCUUUUGGGUGGAGGCCGUCAACGGCGUCUCUGACCUCAGCCUGGAGUCCAGGAGAGCUGCAGUUGCCAACAUCACAACAAACCAGGCAGCCCCAUCCCAGGUCAUGGUGGUCCACCAGGAGAGCACAGGCCAGAACAGCGUCACCCUGCUGUGGCAAGAGCCAGACCAGCCCAAUGGCAUCAUCCUGGAGUAUGAGAUCAAGUACUACGAGAAGGACAAGGAAAUGCAGAGCUACUCGACUCUGAAAUCCAAGGGCACCGCUGCCACUAUCUCUGGGCUCAAGCCUGCAACCCGCUACAUCUUCCAGGUUCGGGCUCGCACGUCCGCUGGCUGCGGGAGGUUCAGUCAGACCGUGGAGGUGGAGACGGGGAAGCCAGUUUCUCUCCGGUAUGACACGAUGACAAUUGUCUGGAUCUGCCUCACACUCAUCACUGGCCUUGUCGCGUUGCUGGUGGUCUUAAUCUGCAAAAAGAGGCACUGCGGGUACAGCAAGGCUUUCCAGGACUCCGACGAGGAGAAGAUGCAUUAUCAGAAUGGGCAAGUGAAGUUCCCCGAGUCCAAGUUCUAUGUGGACCCCCACACGUAUGAGGACCCCUGCCAAGCUGUGCAUGAGCUCACCCGUGAAAUCGAGGCCUCCCGGAUCAAGAUUGAGAAGGUCAUUGGGUCUGGGGAGUCUGGAGAGGUGUGCUGCGGCCGCCUGAAGCUGCCAGGGAAGAGAGAGAUUCCUGUGGCCAUCAAGGCACUGAAAGCCGGCUACACAGAGAAGCAGAGACGGGACUUCCUGAGCGAGGCCAGCAUCAUGGCGCAGUUUGACCACCCCAACGUCAUCCACCUGGAGGGGGUGGUGACCAGGAGCAAAUUAGUAAUGAUUGUUACAGAAUACAUGGAGAAUGGUUCACUAGACACCUUCCUCAGGAAACACGAUGGGCAGUUCACCAUCAUCCAGCUGGUGGGCAUGUUGCGUGGUAUCGGAGCGGGCAUGAGGUACCUGUCUGACUUGGGCUACGUGCACCGGGACCUGGCUGCCCGCAACAUCCUGGUGAACAGCAAUCUGGUCUGCAAAGUGUCUGAUUUUGGCCUCUCACGUAUCCUGGAGGAUGACCCCGAUGCUGCGUACACCACCACGGGGGGGAAGAUCCCCAUUCGCUGGACGGCUCCGGAGGCCAUCGCAUUCCGCAAGUUCUCCUCGGCCAGCGAUGUGUGGAGCUAUGGCAUCGUCAUGUGGGAGGUGCUGGCCUACGGCGAGCGCCCGUACUGGAACAUGACCAACCGGGAUGUCAUUAACUCGGUGGAGGAAGGCUACCGCCUGCCCGCCCCCAUGGGCUGCCCCACGACCCUGCACCAGCUUAUGCUGGAUUGCUGGCAGAAGGACCGCAGCGAGAGGCCACGCUUCUCCCAGAUUGUGGGCAUCCUGGAUAAGCUGAUCCGCAACCCAGACAACUUGAAGUGCACGGCCACUGUGAACCGGUUCACCCAAACACCCUUUGACAGGGGCCUCCUGGACCUGGCCACCUGCCUGACCGUGGAGGACUGGCUGGACUCCAUCCGACUGGGACACUACCGGGACAACUUCGCCAUGGCAGGGUACUCCUCCCUGGGCAUGGUGAUGCGCAUGAACAUCGAGGACAUUCGGAGUCUGGGCAUCACCAUGAUGGGCCACCAGAAGAAGAUCUUGAGCAGCAUCCAGGCCAUGAGAUCCCAGCUGCUGAACACAAAUGGCCCCAGGAGGCAUCUCUGAUCACCAGAUUUGCAGGCCUGCAUUGGGCAUUCCUUAACACUUACCCUGGCAAAGGGGCAGCAGGGUGGUGAGCAGGAAAAGGGGCACCAGAUCAGGACCUGGAACCCCACCAGCAUCUCUUUGAUUUCAGUAUCAGUGGAAAUGUGCU